UGACAUUUGGAAGCUGAUAUCACAAUCAAAAUUUUCUUCCAUUAUAAAAUAUAAAUACAAAAUAAGGACUUUCAACUUAUACGAAGAAAGUAAAUAUACCAAUAAUGGCUCCAACCAUUAUAAAUGGUGCUAAUAAUGCUGAUAAAAGAGCACCGAAACCAGUGGAAAAGCGUUCGGAACUCAUAUGCCGCGUUAAGUACAGUAACACAUUACCAGAUAUACCGUUUGAUUUGAAAUUUUUAAUGUAUCCUUUUGAAAACGAUCGCUUCAUUCAAUAUAAUCCAACCUCAUUAGAACGAAAUUAUAAAUAUGAAGUCUUAACUGAACAUGAUUUGGGAGUCACUAUUGAUUUAAUUAACCGUGAUUUAUAUCAGGCAGAUCCAUAUGCUCAACUUGACCCUGAUGAUGAAAAGUUAUUAGAAGAAGAUGUUCAUACACCACAAGAUUCAAAUAGAUCAAGGCAGCAUUCGAGGAGCGUUUCUUGGUUAAGAAAAUCUGAAUAUAUUUCAACCGAACAAACAAGAUUUCAACCUCAAAAUUUGGAAACAAUUGAAGCUAAAGUAGGUUAUAACGUAAAGAAAAGUUUGAGAGAAGAGACUUUAUACUUAGAUCGUGAUGCUCAAAUUAAGGCUAUAGAGAAAACUUUUGAAGAUUCUAAAAAAGACAUAGUGAGACAUUACAGCAAACCCAAUGUGGUUCCAGUAGAAGUAUUGCCUAUUUAUCCAGAUUUUUCAAAUUGGAAAUAUCCAUGUGCCCAAGUUAUAUUUGACAGUGACCCCGCUCCAAUUGGUAAAAAUGUGCCAGCACAAAUUGAAGAAAUGUCACAAGCUAUGAUAAGAGGUGUCAUGGACGAAAGUGGUGAACAAUUUGUCGCCUAUUUCUUACCAACGGAAGAAACUUUGGAAAAACGAAGAACUGAUCUUAUAAAUCAAGUUCUGUACGAAGAUGAUGAAGAAUAUGAAUACAAAAUAGCACGAGAAUAUAAUUGGAAUGUUAAAAACAAGGCUUCUAAGGGUUACGAAGAAAAUUACUUUUUUGUCGUUCGUCAAGACGGUGUAUUUUACAACGAAUUGGAGACUCGGGUGAGACUUAGUAAGCGCAGAGUUAAAGCAGGACAGCAGCCAAGUAAUACUAAAUUAGUAGUUAAACAUCGUCCGCUGGAUGCUAAUGAACACAAAAUGCAAAGAUAUAGAGAAAAGCAACUUGAGCCACCAGGAGAGGAAGAUGAAGAAGAAGAAGACGAAGAUAUGGAAAUUGACGAAGAACCACAAGAAAUGCAUGGAGAUGAAGCAAAUGUGGAUACUGAUGCAAAAUUCGAAGAUGAAAAUCAAAAUGAAAAUAGCGACGAGCAAAGCGAUAACGAAAAUCAAAAACAAAGGGACAGAAAAUCACGUUCACGUUCAAAACAUUCUCGUAGAUCCGAAUCCAAAGCUCGUUCUUCAAGGAGUAGAUCAGGUUCAGAAUCUGAUGCUUCUGGUUCUGUUUCGGAUAAAUCAAGAUCAAGAAGUCGAUCACAUAACAAAAGUAGUCCACGGUCAAGGUCAGCAUCGGGAGACUCGCAUUCGUCACAAUCAGCGGCCGAAAGCAAGUCUCCUAAAAGUAAAAAUGGAUCCCCGGCGAGAGUGUCGAAAAGCAAGUCCAGGUCAAAAAGCAGGGCAUCUAGAUCAAGAUCUAGGUCUAGCUCUGCUUCAUCUCGGUCUUCAGGUAGUGGCAGUCGAGAUACAGAUAAAAGCGGUACUAGUUCUAAGGCGUCCUCGAGAAGAUCAUCCAAAAGUGGUAGUGAGUCUCCAAAAAGUGGAAGUGAUUCACCAAAAUCUCGAAGUGGUUCAUCAAGAAGCAGAAGCGGGUCUCCAAAAAGUGGCAGUGGAUCCCCUGGAAGUUCACCAAAAAGUACAAGUAAAUCACCUAGAAGCAGAAGCGGCUCACAUGACAGCCAAAGCGGAAGUGGUUCAGAUGAUGAGUAAUAUCUGAUAUGAGUAACCAUCAAAUUAGUUUGAGAUAAUUGUAAUGAAUUCUUAAAUAUAGUGUCUAAAACAAUAAAUGUGUUUUUGCAACAUAAAA